AUGUACGUGAGGGCCCUCUAUGACUACGAUGCCGACGAUCGGACGAGCUUGAGCUUCCGACAAGGCGAUAUCAUCCAGGUCAUUACACAGCUGGAGAGUGGGUGGUGGGAUGGCGUCGUCAAUGAGGUGCGAGGAUGGUUUCCCAGCAACUACUGCGCCGUCGUCAGCCGACUUCCCAUGGAUUUCGUCGAUGAACACGGCCACGCGGAUGGCGGCGACGAUGGCGACAUCGAUGAGGAGACCAGGGAGGAGUUCAGCGAGGAUGGGUACGACGACGCCGAAUCCGAUGGCAAUCUGAAAGAUCGCGAUACGACGCUCCCCAUCGAAGGUGGGGACGAUAAGGACCAGGAAGAGGCGGCGUUCUGGAUCCCCCAGGCAACCCCGGAUGGUCGACUGUUCUAUUACAAUACCCUCACGGGCGUCAGCACCAUGGAGCUCCCGCUGGAGAAUCCGACAUCCUCCUCCGAAACCGGGCCGCGUGACCGUCACCAUGUCCAAAUCCCCGAUCAAACUCGUCCACCCCCCGAGCUCAUGGCGGGAGGGUAUGAGAGGGCAGAGGACGAUGCGGAUUACGAGAACUCCGCGUCUGAAGCGGAAGAAAUGGCGCAUCAUGGCCGGAAGGGCAGCUCGUUUGCUACGGAGGAAUUGUCCCCCUCCGCAUCUACGGAUUCGCUCCGACACCCGGCCAUGGCCAAUCGGACACGCAACGAUUUCAACUUACCGCACAACAGCAGUUUCUCGGUCGUGCAGUCCGCCAUGCCCCCGAUCGGGACCUCGAAUUCGUUCAUCAACAGCCCCGCGGCCCCGGAAACGCUCCCCGCCAUCCCGCGGAAGCUCUUCGACGACUCCUACGCCAUCCCCUUGACCUGGAACAAGAUGCUGGAAGACAUGCGACGGGCGAUCGAGCGGUAUCGGCAGGCGAUCAACAACAGCGAUCGGGCCGAGUUCGUGAAGCGGGCGGAAGACAUCUCGGACCACUUGCGGCUCCUGCUGGUCGCGGGCUCGGGCACGACGGACAAUCACUCCGGGAAUCCGUCCAUUAUCAGCACGAACAAGGCUCUCUAUCCGCAUUUCCGGGUCACGAUGUCUCGGUUCUCGAAGCUGGUGCUCUCAUCACAUAUCGCCGCUGCGGACUGGCCGCCUCCCGAUUCGUAUGCCAAAUGCUUGAAAGAAGCGGAAGGCGUGCUGAACGGCGUCUACGGUUUUGUGGAAGUGGCAAGACAGCAGCGAGGAGAAGAUAUCCCCCGUCUCAUCCCCGGCUUCGUGAGCAACAGCCACAUCGGUGGCAAUUGGCAGCAGCAUGGCCUGUCCCCGCGGGACAGCUCGGUGACCACGCUCUUCGGCGAUUCCGAGGAAUAUGACCCGUCCGUCGAGCCAUCCACACGGCUAGAUGGGAAGCUGCUGGAACGACUGGAAGAUUUGCGAAAGAUCUUCGUCUCCAACCUGCGGAGGCUCGACGAAGCGUUGAGUGUGCGCGAGAUGACCGUUUCUCCCACCAGACACCAGGUCAUUGGGGAUAACGUCUGUCGGGCCGGCUUGAAGGUGCUUGAGUCAUGCCGGCCUUGGCUUUCCACCGUGGAGUCCAUCAACCUGUCGCCGCUCCAUCAGGAACGACGGCAGCAUGAGUUCAUGGAGCUCAACGUUGCCAAACAGCGCGUCUACGACAGCACAUCGGAGCUCCUGAUGGCGUGUCAGGCUGUCGCCUCGCCGCUCGGCGAUGAAUGGUCGGAAUCCAGGGGCGACUCGUUGGAAAACCGGUUGCUCUACGUGCGAUCGAGCUCGAAGGAUUUGGAGAUGAGCAUGUCCCAUUUGACAUUACAAUUGCAACGACUCUCGGAGCUGAUUCCGAUGGCGGAUCAACCCAAUCGGGAUAUUCGAGUAGGAGAACCCUCCGGGUUCGACAAUGCGGCGCAAUCCCAAUCCAGAAUGGGUCAGCGGCCUUCGAUUGCGGAGCUUGGUCCCUCCAUGACCUACGGAGAUGCGAUGGACUACGUCGACACGAUGAGGAACGGCAACAAGGACAAGCUCGAGCGGAUCCUUGGGGAGAAGCCUCCACCAAACGUUGGGGGCCCUCCGCCGGAAGAUGUGCCGGACUUUUUACGCCUUGAUUACGAGCGCGACAUUGUCUACGAUACCAAGGUCACGCCGCCGCAAUUGCGCGGAGGGACAUUGCAAGGGUUGGUCGAACAACUCACGCGGCACGACCGUCUCGACUCACCGUUCAACGCAACUUUCCUCCUGACCUAUCGAUCGUUCACGACCGCGACGGAACUGUUCGAGAUGCUGAUGAAGCGGUGGACCAUCCAACCGCCGUUCGGCAUCUCCAACGAAGACCAACAGACCUGGAUCGACAAGAAGCAGCGACCGAUCCGGUUCCGCGUGGUGAACAUCCUCAAGAGCUGGUUCGACACCUACUGGAUGGAGAGUAACGACGACGAAGCCCGGGCGCUCACGCAGCGAGCGUAUCAGUUCGCCAGCGAAGAAGUGGUGAAGACAAACACCCCCGGCGCCGGCCCACUGAUGGCGUCGAUCGACCAGCGCAUGCGCGGCCAGGAGAUCCCGAACAAGAAGAUGGUACUGACGCUGAACGCGCAGACGCCGCAGCCGAUCAUCCCUAAGAACAUGAAGAAGCUCAAGUUCCUCGACAUCGACCCCACCGAGUUCGCGCGCCAGCUGACCAUCAUCGAGUCGCGGCUGUACGGGAAGAUCAAGCCGACGGAGUGCUUGAGCAAGACGUUGCAUAAGAAGAUCGAAGCCGGCGAGAACGACCCGGCUCCGAACGUGAAAGCGCUGAUCCUGCACUCGAAUCAACUGACGAACUGGGUGGCGCAGAUGAUCUUGAACCAGCAAGACGUGCGUCGACGGGUUAUCGUGAUCAAGCACUUUGUGAACAUCGCCGAUAAAUGCCGAUCGCUCAAUAACUUCUCGAUGCUCACGUCCAUCAUCUCCGCCCUUGGCACCGCGCCCAUCCAUCGCUUGCAACGGACGUGGCAGAGUGUCAGCGCCAAAACGAUGCAGACGCUCGAGUCCAUGCGCAAAACCAUGGGCAGCACCAAGAACUUCGCGGAGUACCGCGAAACGCUGCACCGCGCGAACCCGCCGUGCAUCCCCUUCUUCGGCGUCUACCUCACGGACCUGACCUUUAUAGAAGACGGCAUCCCCUCCACGAUCAAGAAGACGAACCUCAUCAACUUCGCGAAACGGGCGAAGACGGCGGAGGUGAUCCGCGACAUCCAGGACUACCAGAACGUGCCGUACGCGCUGCAGCCGGUGCCGGAGCUGCAGGAGUACAUCCUGAACAACAUGGAGACGGCUGGGGACGUGCACGAGAUGUACGAGCGGAGCUUGGUGGUGGAGCCGCGCGAGCGGGAGGAUGAGAAGAUCGCCCGGUAUGUAGGAUCGUCUAUGCCUGCUUUUGCCAUUUGA